AUGGCUGCACCGCAGACAGGUACGAGUAUAUUAGACCAGUUCCCGCCUGAGAUCUACGACGAGAUCGGGUCCAACCUCACAGGGAGGGAACUAGAUGGCGUCACACGAUCUUCUAAGCGCCUACGGGCUUUAUUCCUCCGGUCACUGUUCCAUACUAUUCGAUUCGACCACCUCCAGCCAGCCGUCAGGGACCGUCUACGUCGCUUCAUCAAUCACCAGACGCCUGAAAAGAUGACCGAAAUAUGGACUGCUGUGCGCCGUGCAUCUUUCCUAUUCCCCUUCCCACACUCGAUAUCCGACUUCGACUUGGAAGAGAUGCUGCCGUUGUCCCAAGAUGCGCUCCGCUUUCAGGUUUUACAAGCCGUCAGACUACUAUCCCACGUUAGGCAUCUGACCAUCGACUUGGAACGUUUCGGCGACCGACAUAUAGAUACGUUCCGAGCCGCUCAUCCCAGUGCCCCGAGAUGGGAGCACUUGGAGAGCUUGCGACUCACUGGCCUCGGGGAAAACCGCCGUUUCGCGGCUGCCCUGAUUCACAACUCCUCCCCCAACAAGCUCAAGGCUGUUGACCUGAGCGGGAUUCACUCUUUUCUUUUGUCGUCAAAGACUGUUGCUAACAGAAAGGUGCAGGAGCAAUCCCUUGAGCAGAUGACAGAGGCCCUUCGGCAAAUGCCCUGUCUGGUGCGGUUUGCCUUUACGCUUCAUAUAAAUCGCUUUCAACCUGAUACCAUCCGCGACAGGUUGGGGUUAGACGAGAAUGGCAACGAGCCACUGACCGACAACGAGGUGUGGUGGUGGUAUACCGCCCAAGUCCAACGCAUAGCAGACGCCGUUCCGCAGUUUGAAGAGGUCUGCGUUUUUGGGAACUUUGGCAGUUCCAUGGGAGUGGACAUCGCCGGAAUCUACCGUGGUACUAAGAUCGAAGAUGGCAAAAGCAUGCACGUCCUUGUUGACGCGGUCCAGCCGGGGGUGGAAUGCUUGACAUUCCCCUGGGGUUUGGACAACGAUAUAUAUCCAUAA